UCUGGCGACAAUGUACAAAACAACAUGGCUGCUAGUGUGGGAUUUUGGUAUUCGCAUGGUUCUUCGUUCUUCGUGUACUUCGUUGUAAAAUUGUUGUGUACUUCGUUGUAAAACUAGGCACAAAACAUGGAAGACGUCCAGAAGCACUCGGUUCACACUCUGGUCUUCCGUUCUCUCAAGCGAACUCAUGACAUGUUCUUGUCAGACCAAGCAAAUCCUCCACCCCAAGAUGAACAAAGUGAAAAGUUCAAGGUGGCGAUUAAAACGAAAGAUGAGUAUGGUUUGGUGGCACAUCUUGUGAAGGCUAACCCACAAAUACACAGAGCAAUGACAGAGAAAAUUCACAUAGAUGAUGACCCCUUCAAAGGCAAAGAUAAUCGGAUGGUUGAUACCAUGUACUCUGGGAUGGACAUCGUCCCUGUGUACGACGAUGAUGCUCCUCCACCAGGUGUGGACGACUAUCCACUACCAAAGCCGACACCUCCACAGUCGCAGGCACUGGUGCUUGCCGGUCACCAACAAUUGGCCAUAGCGCAGAAAAAGCCAGCGACUAUACCAAAACCACAGUGGCACCCUCCAUGGAAGCUGUACAGGGUGAUCAGUGGACAUACUGGCUGGGUUCGGUGCAUCGCUGUUGAGCCUGGAAAUGAGUGGUUUUGCACAGGAUCAAAUGAUCGGAUUAUUAAGAUAUGGGACUUGGCCAGUGGCAAACUGAAGCUCUCUCUUACUGGGCAUAUUAGUGGUGUCCGAGGCUUGGCAGUGAGCUCACGGCAACCGUACCUCUUCUCAUGUGGUGAAGAUAAACAGGUCAAGUGCUGGGACUUGGAAUAUAAUAAGGUGAUACGGCACUACCAUGGCCAUCUGAGUGGAGUAUAUAGCUUGGCUCUUCAUCCCACCAUCGACAUUCUUGUGUCAGGUGGUCGAGAUGCAACCUGCAGGGUUUGGGACAUGCGGACAAAGGCCAAUAUCCACACGUUGGCGGGACACACUAAUACUGUUGCUACAGUGCAGACACAAGCCACGGAGCCGCAGGUGAUUACAGGCAGUCACGACUGCACCAUACGGCUCUGGGACCUUGUAGCAGGACGGUCGCGAGUAACCCUCACUCAUCACAAAAAGAGCGUCCGGGCUCUAGUGUUCCACCCUAAACAGUAUACGUUUGCAUCUGGGGCUCCAGAUAACAUCAAACAAUGGAAAUGUCCCGACGGCAAAUUUAUUCAGAACUUGCAGGGACACAAUGCUAUUGUCAACUGUCUUGGCAUCAAUGAAGAUGGCGUUCUUGUUUCUGGAGGUGACAACGGAACACUGUUCUUGUGGGAUUGGCGCACCGGGUACAACUUCCAACGUCUUCAGGCUCCCGUGCAGCCUGGCUCCAUUGACAGUGAAGCUGGUAUCUUCGCCUGCUUGUUUGAUAUGAGUGGCAGCAGACUCAUCACCGCUGAAGCCGACAAGACAGUCAAAAUCUUCAGGGAGGACGACACAGCGACUGAAGAAAGCCAUCCUGUCAACUGGAAGCCAGACAUACUGAAACGUCGCAGGUUUUGAUCCUCACGGACCCUGUACAGAAUCAUUGUUUUAAUAAACACAGAUCGCACAUA